CACACUCCCACGGUGCGCCGGAUGCCAUUCGAGUUAUCUGUCCUUAACGGAUUCCUUGCCUUCUUCCUCCUCCUCUGUCCUCACGAUUUUGUCUGCCGAGAUUGAGGCCUGCAGUCUUUCAUCUAAUCGAUACUUACGUCAACUCGUGCAACGUUACUUGGGAUACGGCUUGAGAGAGAAAACGAGUCCUUUAGAGCGGAGCACGCGCAAAGCAGACGACGCUAUUUCUGGCGAGCUCUGUCACUCGAGUGUGCGGGAAUUUGACCCUUGUGACACUCCCGCCCUUGAAUCAUUCUAGCGGACCCUGCUAUUCUCAGUGGAGUCAGACAAGGGGGGGAUCACUACAGCUGCGAGGCUCCGUCAGGAGAUGACAAGACAUCGAUGAUGGAGAAACUAGUGCCAUGCAGAUAAUGCUGCCAUGAACUAAGUGCAGUUCUGUGGUUUCAUCUUUCUAGUCAUCACAAUAGCCAUAUUGUGUUUGUGGGCGAAAAAGUGGUCCUUUGACAAUUUUGCACAAUGACUUGAAUACUCAUUUAUUAUCAUUCUUGGAAUGGACCAUUCUCAGUAUGCCCAGUAAGUCAUCUUCUAAUUUUUAUUUACAUAAAUUAAGGGGCUUCCAUUUGAAACGUCUGAAAAGACAGAAGAGGCAAGCCAGUACUUCCUUGAAAUUUGUGAAUUCUUCCAUUCCUUCUCUGCAGACAUCAGGUACAAUACUGUUGGAAACAAAAGAAAGUUCACCUGAUCUAUGCCACGUCCGGAGUUCAGCUUCUGUUGUGAAGAGGUAUAAGGAAAUCAAACCAAAAAACAUUACAACACACACUCUGAAGUUACAAGAUGGGAGGCCUCUGAUGAACACCUCAAACAGUGAUGUAAAAGAAGUUGGGAAAAUAAGUGGAAGUUCUAAAAAUUACUUUAGACACUUUUGUACAUCUUCAGUCAAACACCUGGCACAAAGAAGUUUACUUAAAAGCAGGUUGUUACUCAGUCGAAAGAGAGCAAACCUGCCUGACUUUGAAACAAGAGGUUCUGAUGAAGGAAAAAUAACUGAAAGGAAAAUUGUAUCACUACCUAAUAAUUUAACAGUAGAGGCUAUUCAUUAUAAAUGUAAAAUUUUACAACUCCACGAUACCAAGUGUAAUUGUUCAACCCCAAGACUCCACAUUUACCUUACUACCAAUCAUAGGUGUGGUGACAAGUGUUCUGCAGAAUCAUACCAAUAUUCAGAUAAUAUUUCCUCCAAUUCUCCCGCAGACAUUCCUAGAAACAAGUAUAUUUUUGCAGUCAUGACGGGGAAAUCGAAAGCAAAAGGGCAGCUAAAGAAAAUAACUUCAGAUCAGAAAGUGAGAAAAACUCCCAGGAAGAAAGGUGUUAAAUCUUUAACCAACACCUCAACUUUCAACAACAAACCACAAGGUAGAAGAAAGAGUCUCAUGACUAUAAGAAAUGAAGAACCUGAAUCUGAACUGUUAGGUGAAGAAUGUGAGUCUUUGCCCACGAUAAUGAGUACUCUAUCUGGUGAUGUUGAAUACAUUGUUCUUGAUGACAACACUUUUAAUCUAAAUGCAAAUAUGACUAAUACAUCACAAGGAAAAGAUGAUCCAAGAAGUUCCAAUGCAGUUGAAGGGGAUGUUAAACCAGAGAUUCAAAGUUUAGUAAAUGCACAAACUCAAAAAGAAGGGAGAUCCUGGGAGGACAUACUUGAACGAUGUUUAUCAGAAGUCAGCUACCAGUCUGGUAGAUAUAAAGGUGGUUUAAAUCAGCUCCAGGACAAUAAAAUAAAGAGCGAACCAGCGGAAGAGGGAACUACAACUAAAAACACAGAAGCAUCAAGUAGCCUUGCAGAAGUAUGUACAAAUCACUGUCCUUCUAUUCGGGAUAUAUUUGGGGAUGUCAACAUCAAAGAUGAACCAGUUGAUAACAUUGAUGAAAAUGACAUGUCAGUUGAAGCCUUCAGUCAAGAAAUAAUGAGGCUUACAGAUGCUGAAAAAAGUGGAAAUGGUAAUUCUUGGUCUGUUGAUAAAAGUAUUUCAUUAGAUCAGGAAAUAUCAUCAAACAAAGGACUUUUUGCUGGACUUCUCAAGGAAGAAAUAAAAGUAACCAAAGAUGAAAGUAAGGAAGAAAAUAAGUCUAUUACAGAAGUGCAUAUUAAAGAAGAAAAUGAUACAAAUAAGGAAUCAAAAGAUAAUGAUGGUGAUGAUGAUUACAGUUCAGAUAGUUCCCUCGGUCCACUUCAAAUAGACGAAGGAGAACAGCCUCCAGCUGAAGAAGAAGCUGUUAAUGUUCCUGUGAUGCCUACUCCUGCUACAAGUCUAAUAUUGCCAAGUGUAAACAUAAUAAGUCCAUUUAAGAUAAAAAUCUUUUUUGGCACUCCUCACCGCGUCCAUCUUGAAAAACCUCAUGAGUUGUUUGAAGCUGCUACUGUUAGCGCACCUGUUACUGGAGCAAGUCCAAUCCAAAACAGUGUAGUUUCAAAUAAAAGCAGUGAAAAGAAACCCAAUGUAAUGGAGGAAGAAGAUUCUGAAACAGACUCCUCACAAGCACUAGUCCAAAGUGAGCCAACACCAAUGCCAAGCCUGACCUGUGCAUAUUGUCAAACAGUGUGUUCUGAUAUCAAAGCAUUAGCAAAACAUUUUGAAGACCAUCAGAGGGAUGGGCUUAUUAUUUGUUAUUUUUGUCAAAAAAGUUUUGGAGAUAAAACAAGCAUGAAGCGACACAUGAGAACUCACACAGGAGAAAAGCCUUACCAAUGUAAGGUGUGUGGAAAAAGAUUCAGUCUUCCAGGUAACUUUAAAAAGCACAGAGAUAUACAUGAAGACAUACGAACUGAACCUUGUGAGGUUUGUGGGAAAACUUUUCGGCGGAAAGAGCACCUCAAAUAUCACAUGAGGACUCACACGGGAGAAAAGCCCUAUACCUGUGGUGAAUGUGGGACUUCCUUUACAGCCAGGUAUUCUUUGCAAAUCCAUAUGAACAUUCACUUGGGAAAGAAACCUUACAAAUGUACUUAUUGCACCAAAGCCUUUUCAGACAAAUCCACAAUGCGUAAACAUGUUCGUGUCCAUACAGGUGAAAAACCGUUUCACUGUGAAAUGUGUGGUAGAUGUUUCGGGGAAUCUGGCACACUAGCAGCUCACAUGGCAACGCAUCGAACUGAAAGACCUUACAAGUGCAAGCUGUGUUCUCUAUGUUUUAAAACAACAGGAGGAUUGAGACAACAUGAAAAAAUUCAUACUGGGCUGAAACAAUAUGCUUGCAGGUUCUGUGGGGUGAAAUUUUUACAGAAAUAUAAUAUGACAAUGCAUGAACGAAUUCACACUGGAGAAAAACCCUAUUCAUGCAGCCAUUGCAGUCGAAGUUUCAGAAGCCGAUCAUGUUUGGCUAAACAUGUUGUACUGCACGGGGGAGAAGAAGAAAGACGUUACGAGUGUGAACAUUGCAACAGUCGGUUUUAUCGCAAAGCUCACCUCAGAAGACAUAUAGACACACAUUUAGGGAUUAAAAAUUAUGAAUGUGAUAUCUGUUCAAAGAAAUUCUGUACACGAAUUAGUCUUGUAAAUCAUCUGAAGACCUUCCAUGCCCAAGGUGCUAGGAGAUUUCCUUGUACCUGGUGCGGGAGAGUAUUCAAAAGGCAAGUUUAUGUUCAUACUCAUGAGUGUAUAAGAGACCCAGAGAAAGUGGAGCAAUACAAGAAUGAAAUGAGAGCUGCCGCUGCAGCUGCAGCAGCAGGUGACAACACCCAAUCUAAAGAUGACAAAAAUGAAAAUUCCAGUGAUAGUACAGAUUACUCAAACAUAGAUAUAAAGAGUGAGCCAGAGGAGCUUGUGGAAGAAGUAAGUGGCUUAGGAUCAAUUGAGAGUGUCAUUGGUAAUGCAAACUUUGAUGCUCCACCAGAUUUGAAAACAGAAGAUCCGUCUUGAGCCCUUAAAAAGGGAAAUGUGAUAGCACCCUAAAUUUUACAGGUUAGGUCAAAUGGUAAAUUUUUUUAAUUGGAUGAAAGGUACGCAUUUACAGUAUUACAAUUCUCUCUAGUCCUGGUGUUGUGCAGCUGUACAGUCGCCUAUUUUAGUCUCUAGGGUAUUCAUAAUGAAGUCAUACAUAAUGUAAGAUGAUCUCAAAGGUAUUUUAAACAAGAUUUUGCUCAUUUCUGUUCCAAUGUUUUCAUUGAACUGAAUACUUCUGUACAGGCAUCAUUACUGUACUGCCAAUGUAUUGGCCUUGCAAAUGAAGGCAAAUUAUAAGUUGGCUUUGUACCUGUUACCUUACUGGUUUACAGAUAUGAUUUAGCAUAAUUAAUGUGCCAUUAUAAUUUUGAUUAUACAGGCAGUCCACGGUUAUCGGCAAACACGGUUAAUGGCGAUCCGGUUUUAUGGCACUUGCCUUGCGCCAUAAAAUCUGUGAUUUAUGGCGUCAUAACGCUCCGAGUUCCGGUUAUCGGUCCCAUAAGGGGCUGAUAACAUACCUGACAGAGGUUCAAUUAACCGAUUAUCAGUGCCAUAAAUCGCUGAGUUUCAGUAAAUGGCAGUUUUUGCUUAUCAGCACCCGGCCAAGAACGAACCCCCCCCCCCCCACCCCCCCCCCCCCCCCCCCCCCCCUCGAUAACCGGGGAACUGCCUGUAUUUACAUACUAAAAUUCUUCAUCUCACAGCUUUCUUAUAUUUUGAUACACUUUUUCCAUGGUACUAUUACAUCUAUUUCCACAUGCAAACUGGGUAUUACUACUUAUGACAUAAAUCUCAUAUAAGGAUCUAGUCAUUCUUUUCUUAUUUAUUACUAAUUUAUUUUGUAUUUAUGUGAAUAAAAUGUAAGGCAAGACCCAUGACUUUGUUUUACUAGUAAGCACAAAAAGGUGAAAGUGUAUAAAACACCAAUUUUUAUUAGAACUGGUUAUUUCCAUAUUCACCUAACAUUUAUGUAAGUUUUUAUGCCAUGGCUUGUUUGGUAGGUAUGAAAAAGAAAAUGAAAUAUAGGGGUUUUACAUGGUUUACAGGGAUGUAUCAACUUCAAAUGUUAGUAAAAACAUUACCUAUUUCUUCUGUGGAUUUAUAUAACAUUUUCUGUAUGGAAACCACUAGGUUGUUCCACUUACCUGCUAUUCGAGAUGUAACUCAAAGGACCAAUUGACCUUCUGUAUGAAAAUCAUAUCCUUUUGUAUGGUUGGAAAAAAAAAAAGGAAUUAAAUACACAUGCUGGAGAGUAAUAUUUUGACCACCUCAGUUGAGAAACCAAUUUUCUCUUCAGCUUUUUACCUGCAUAAGAAAAUGAAAAAUGUCUAAUGUGUCAGCUCUGCUUGGGAAAACACAUGUUCAUUGCUGUUCAGCUAUGGUAACAAAAGAUACUACUAUUAGGUAAAUGACUGCCAGAUGAAUGUACUAUGCUGAGUAUGUACAAUGCAUAAUGUACUUUAUGUAUAUGUACACUACUGCAACAUUCUUCCUUUAAUAAGAUCAUCCACCGUGCAAACUAAAGGCAUUGUUUCUCCUUUGUCAAAUACAUAAGUGAACAUUUGCAUACAUUCAAUAAACAAAAUCAGGGAUUUUGUUCCGUACGAGAAAAAAAAAUGCAAGAAACAACACUGCUGAAACAUUACCAUAACCAGUAAAACUAUACUGUAAGGCAAAGCAAAGCAGAGUACAGUAAACUGUAACAUUGCCCAGUUCUUUAAGUUGCCUGUUAUUAUUUAUACCUAUUUGUUUGUUUGUGUGGUGUUUUUACGUUGCAUGGAACCAGUGGUUAUUCAGCAACGGGACCCCGAACCAUGUC